AUGCCACAUCACGGUAUUCCGCCCGAAGUCGUCGACGACAUCCUCGACUUUGUCAAGGACGACAUACGCACCCUGCUGAGCUGUUGCCGCGCGUCUCGCGGCCUCAGUGCACGCGCGAAGCCGCUUCUUUGGCGCUCGCUUGAGAUCACCUUUCUCACGGCCAACAACGGCUCGAACCCUCUUCUCGAACGCCAAAGCGCCUUCUUGACGGACGCCCUCUACACGAACCCGAGUCUUGGCAAGUUGUGCGCGGCUUUGACGAUCAGCUGGCGCGAGAAGGCGGUUGGCGACUUGGUCCGCAUGCGCACGACGCCGUCUGCCGCCACAAUCAAGGAGCUUUUCGACCUCGUGCCGUACGUUGAGGAGCUCUCGCUCGUCGACAAGAGCACCUACCCGCGCGCGAAUAGCGUCGUCGAGAAGUCCAUCAUCGCGGCCCUCGCUUCCUUCAGCGGAUGGAAGACGACGCUGCGCAGCCUGUCCAUGCCUCGUCUGCAAGACGAGACAUUCUCCUUCAUCCUCGACAAGCCGAAGCUCCAGUCGCUGCGCGUCGAAACCGCCUCCUCGAAGUACCCUCUCCCGACCGACUCGGCGCCGUGCUUCCAGCUGUCCGAUCUCGCGUUCGUCCUCGAUGUCGACGAGUCAAUUUUCGACUUCGGAACAGCCAACUCGCGUCUCACCUUGACGACCUUGUCGGCACCCUUCUCCUACCCCUUCUCGAAGAUCGUUCCCGCAUUCCCGAAUCUUCGCCACCUCACGAUCGACUUCACCCUCUACGCGAGGGGGAAUCGCUCGCUUCAGUGGUCCCAGGACAAGCGCCAGGGCCUCAAGCUUUUCCUCGGCGACGAUGAGCAAUUGGAAACUCUCAUCUUCCACCACCCAGUUGGGUCUCCAGCUGAGGGCCGCGCGUCUCUCGUGGGUGCGCGCCUCCCGCGUCGACUCUCCAAAUUCAUCCUCUCGCAGUGGACUUCCCGCCCCCACUUGGUCGAGUGGUACGUUCAGCGCGGACUCGAGACCGGCGACUGGCCUCCUACGCUCAAGGAGUUCGUCUGGACGAGCAAGGAGGAGGUGUCGGAGGAGGCGAAGGCCAGUAUCGAAAAGGUGUGCCUCGACGGCGGGCUUUCGAAGGUCUCGUUCGAAGCGUGA